AUGACCCAGCCUGAGCUCAACACCGCUUCAUUUGAGUCCACGCUCCCUCCCCGUACGUCACCCAAUGUGGCACACACGAGCCCUACUUUCAACCCGACAACUUACACCGUCCCUGGCCAUCAACGCAUUCCCCAGCACCCCCAUGGCCAAGAAUUCCGGCCACCACCUCCGUAUCAAAAUUUUGCACAGCAGUCUUAUGAUGGCUCUGGGCCUGGCGGAUACCAUCAAUCCCAGGAGUUUGCUAGCAUGCUUGGUAGCUCUGGGUCUCAUAUCACGUUGCCCCCGCAGGCCAGCAUGCUUGGUAGCUCUGGGUCUCAUACCACGUUCCCCCUGCAGCCCAGCACACCGUUUGUACAGCAAUUGGGUGCGAUCAUCGUUAAAAAUGUAUUUAUAUGUCAUAAUCCUAUUUGA